AGCAUGUGGAGCCCAAAGAUCGCACUCGCUGUCGCCCUGGCUGCCGCAGGGUCCGCCGACGCUUUUUCUCCUGCUACUCCUGCUCUCAACGGCCUCCGCAGCCAGCGAGCUGGCGUUUCCUCUAUGGCCAUGGCCAAGGACGAUGCCAAGCCAGAGGUCUCCCGUCGUUCUCUUCUCGGCCUUGCCCCAGCCGUUGCUGCUGCCUUUGCGCUGAAGCCUGCAGAUGCUGCUGUUGACAUCAGCAAGCUUCGAUCCCUUGGAGCGUUCGUUGAUGAGGGAGGCUCAGCCCCUGCCCCUGCCCCUGCUCCAGUGAAGGCUCCUGCCCCUGCCCCUGCUCCUGCUCCUGCUGCCAAGGCUCCUGCUGCUGAUCAGAGCGCAGCCAAGGCUGAUGCUGAGGCUAAGGCCAAGGCUGCCGCUGACAAGGCUGCUUCUGACAAGGCGGCUCAGAAGGCUGCUGCGGACAAGGCUGCUGCUGAGAAGGCUGCACAGAAGGCUGCUGCUGAUAAGGCUGCUGCUGAUAAGGCUCAGGCUGAGGCCCAGGCAAAGGCUGAGGCUGCCAAGAAGGCGAACUCUGCGAACAAGGAUGAGCUGCUGAAGAAGGCUGCUGAAGCUGAGGCAGCUGUGAAGAAGGCCGAGGAAGAGCUUUCUAAGAAGGAGAAGGAGAUUGGAUCGAUCAAGGGCAAGGCUAACCUCAAGGGUCAAACUCUCUUCGGCCUCUAGGGGUGAAAGGCACGUGACUUGAAUGAAUUCAGUGAAAGUGA